AUGGAUUUUGCAUCUUCUUCAUUGCUCACAUUAGCCUGUGAAAAUGAAUUGGAUUUCUCGAGUUUGAUAACUCCUUCAAUGUUUAUAUCAUUCCAAGAACAUAAUCCGUCUAAUCUGAUCAAUCGUUGUGCCGGUACUGAAAACGAUGGAAGACAAAGAAUCUGUGAGAGGACCAUGACAGAUGAAAUCACACAAGGAGAUGUUGAGCCGAAGAACAAGAGAGCGAGACAUAGAGAGAUUGAGAGACAAAGAAGGCAAGAAGUCACGUCUCUUUUUAAGAAUCUAAGAUAUAUAUUGCCGCUUCAAUACAUCAAGGGUAAACGUUCUUCAUCAGAUCACGUUGAAGAAGCUGUGAAUUACAUCAAAGACUUGCAGAAGAAGAUCAAAGAAAUGAGCAAGAAAAGAGAUCGAAUCAAAAGAUCUAUUAAUCAUCCAUCUUCAACAGGAGAAUGUUCUUCUAUAAGACCAUUAGCAUCAUCAUGGCCAUCACCAACAUCACUAUCAUCGUAUUGUUCUUGUGUUGGAGACACACAGAUCGAUGUAAAGGUCAAGACUUGUCUUGUCGGUAUCGAGAUCGUAGCAAGUUGCUGUAUUAAACACGAAUCUUGUCUCUCAAGUAUUCUUCAACUUGUGGCUCAAGAACAAUGCCUUAAUGUUGUUAGCUCCAUCUCAACUAGACUGCACCAAAGAUUCAUGCACACCAUUGUUUCCGAGGUCGAGAAAGGCCUUGAGGUUAACUUCUCGGAGCUUCAAGAAAAGAUGAUAAAAAUGGGAACAUCAUAG